AAAAGAGUCCCUUCCUCCCUCCCGCCCAAAGCUUCCCCUCUCCUCCGUCGUCCUCGCAGACUCACCGUUUUGAUUGUUCACUCCACUGACGACGUUCUUAGGGUUUUUUUCCUUUCGUCUCCGUUUUGAUUUUCGAUUUCGAUUUAGCUGUGUACGGAGCAUGGAGAAAACUCCUACGCAGAUCGUCUGCGAGAUGGGUUCUCGUCUCCUUCAAUCAUCUCGUCCCAACAAGGGCUCUCUCGUCAAAUCACUACGGGAAGCUGCUACGACUCUGUCACAGAUUGAGCAGCCUUUAGUGACUGAAACUGUGAGCAAGAAGAAAGCUCUGAAGCUGCUUGAAGCUGAGUUAAGACCGCUGAAGAAAUCCAUUAUCAAGCAUGAGCUUCUUAAGAAUCGUGAUAACGACGUGAGUUUGUUAGUCACUGUUUGCGUCAGUGAGAUCUUUCGGAUUCUGGCACCUGAGCCGCCUUUUGAAGAUAAGUAUCUCAGGGAUAUCUUCAACCUCUUUCUUGCUGAGUUUUCGGAGCUGUCUGAUACUGUAAGCCCUUAUUUCUCGAGAAGGGCAAAGAUUUUGGAGACAGUUUCUCGAUGUAAAUGUUGUCUGCUAAUGCUGGACGUGGAUUGCCAUGACUUGAUUCACGAGAUGUUUAACGUGUUUUUCUCUGUUGUAAGAGAGCACUAUCAACAGAACUUAGUUCAUCAGAAGAAUGCUAAAGUGCAGCAGCGAAAGGCUAACACUCAGCAAGCGCAACAAAGUUUAUUUAAUGACAUUCUAACUAUAAUGACUGAUAUUCUGAAAGAAGAGGCAACUUCGGCACUUGUCGGUGUUAUUCUUGAAAAUCUUGUGAAGGAGGGAAAGGAUGCGACUCCUGCUGCUAAUAACCUUGCGAGUUCCCUCAUUAGAAACUGUGCCGACACACUUGAGCCGUUAAUUUGCAGUUUUCUAACAUCAUGUUUUAUGGAGAAAGAUUCCAUCCAGUCCAAUCUCAAAGAUUCUUAUCACGAAAUCAUAUUCAUGAUCUCCUUAAAUGCUCCCCAGAUACUAGUAGCAGUUAUCCCGAACUUGACCCAGGAACUACUGACUGAUCAGGUUGAUGUGCGAAUAAAAGCUCUGAACUUAGCUGGAAGGAUUUUUGCACAGUCUAACCACUGUUCCGGGGAGUUAUAUCGAGAUCUUUUUGUAGAAUUCUUAAGAAGAUUCUCAGAUAAAUCUGCAGAAGUCAGAAUGGCUGCAUUGAAAUGUGGGAAGCAGUGUUACUUGGCGAAUCCCUCUGGAAUUAAAGCUUCUGGAGUGCUAACUGCCAUUCAAGAACGCCUAUUAGAUUUUGAUGAUAGGGUUAGAACACAAGCUUUGGUUAUUGCUUGUGAUAUAAUGGAGUCGAAUAUGAAGUAUGUUCCUUUGAGUCUGAUUUCUGAGGCCACCGAGAGGCUUCGGGAUAAGAAGAUAUCUGUUAGGAAGAAGGCUCUGAAGAAGCUGUCAGAAGUAUAUCAAAAGUACUCUGACAAGUGUUCAGAAGGAUAUAUGAUAAUAAAUGAUCAUUUUGAGCAAAUCCCAUGCAAAAUCUUGCUGCUUUGCUGCGAUAAAGAUUGUAAAGAAUCAUGGUCCCAUAAUGUGGAACUUGUGCUAUCCGAUGAUCUUUUUCCUCGUCUUCUUCCAGUUGAGGAGAGGAUGCGGCACUGGGUUCAAUGUUUUGUCGUCAUGAACAAUAUUCACUUGAAGUCACUCAGUUCAAUUUUAUCUCAGAAAAGAAGGUUUCAAAGUGACUUGCGGCAUUGCCUGACUCUCUGGAGGGAGGCCAAGGAUCACAAUGUAGAAGAAGUGAAAAGAAAACACAAAAGCUAUUUUGUAAAGCUUUCAGCUUGCUUUCCAGACGCCUCUAAGGCAGAAGAUUUGUUUCACAAAUUAGACCAAAUGGGCGACACAUCAAUAUUUGAGGCUUUAACUCUACUGCUGGAUGAACUGACAUUCACAAAAGCCCAGACUAUUAGAGAGAAGUUUCUAGAGACAAUUGGUGCUAAUCAUCAACUUUUCGACUUCCUGCGUAUACUAUCUACAAAAGGUGCGCCUACUAUAUUUAGCUCAGAGCAUGUCCGGUAUCUUCUGGAUCAGCUUUCUAGCAGCACCUCUACUGACACGCAGUUGAAGGCUCCUUUCGUCAAACUACUUCUGGUAAUCCUCAACAUGUUCCCUUCUUACCUGAGAGGUUCAGAAAAACAGUUUUUGGAGCUGUUAGAGGACAAUGAUUCAUUCGCUGACGAGCUAACUGAAGCUUUGUCAAAGGCAGCUCCUUAUAUUUCUGCCGACUUCAGUGAAUAUUUCCCUGUUCUGGAGAAGAUGUGUCUGGAGGGUACUCGUUCUCAGGCAAAACAUGCUGUUUCUGCCAUUGCUUCGUUGGCCGGAUCAUCUGGAAUAUCUGUCUUUUCCGAAUUAUGCAAGAAGCUCAGAGAUUCUUUGCUGUGUGGACGGAAAAUUCCAACAACUCUGCAAUCUUUGGCAUGUGUUGGGCAAUAUUCUGUCGUGGCUUUUGACAAUAUAUAUGAAGAUAUCAGUAGCUACAUUUACCAAGUUUUUCAAGAUGAACCAUCUGACAAUCAGCCUCCUUGUGAUCAGUCUUCUGGUUGUUGUAACUCUUGCAAGCUGAAGAUAUAUGGGCUCAAAACACUUGUGAAAAGUUUCUUGCCUCGCCAUGGUCCAGUCGUUAGGAAAAUCGAUGACUUGUUAAACAUUUUGAAGAAAACACUAAGAUCACAAGGAUAUGAUGGCAUAAAAUCAUGCGAUGACACGGGGGCUAAUGUUAGACUGGCUGCUGCUAAAGCUGUUUUAUUGCUUUCAAGGAAAUGGGACCUUCAUAUUUCUCCUGAACUUUUUCGUCUUACCAUCUCGGUGGGAAAGGACUCCAAUGCUUUUAUUACCAAGACUUUUCUCACCAAACUACACAAACUACUGAUGGAAAAUAUGAUACCCAGAAGAUACGCAUGUGCUUUUUCGUUUUCCGUCUGUGGUCCAUGCAGAGAUCUGCAAAAUGAUUCGCUUAGAUACAUCAAUGGAUUCAUCAGAAAUGCUACAAGAGAAGCUCCGGCAGGUCGGGAUGCAGAUCAACGGGAAUCGCUCACUGAUCGUCCAGCUUACAUGAUAGUUUUCCUGAUCCAUGUUCUUGCACAUGACCCGGAUUUCCCUUCGGAAGACUGCGUGGAUGAGCAUGUCUAUGCUCGGUUUUGUGGCCCUCUGUUGUCGGUCUUACAGUUGCUACUUAGUGACAAGGAAACAGCCCCUUUCUUGCUUUGUAUCUUACGUGCAAUUAAAAGAGCUGAAGAUGCUGAUGAUACUUGUAAAACUCCUAGGCUGCAUAUUCUAGCUGAUAUUGGUUAUUCAGCUGUCAACACAUUGAAAUGUAAUGCCGUCACUUCCCCACAAGCUCCACGGUCAAUUUUGCUACCAUCAUCGCUGUACAAACUAAGCCUCAGUACCAUGUCAGACAGCCAGAACAAGGCUAAGUCUCAUACUCGGAAUGCUUUGGAGCAAAGUUUCAUGGAAAGAGUAGUUCAUAUUUUCCGAUCACAGAUCUCUCCGCAUGAUCAGAGGUGUCAAGAAGAUAUCCCAGCAGUUGUUUUGGAGGAUAGAGAUUUGCCUCUAUUAUUGGGCAAUCAAAUCGAAACUUCAAUGACUGGUUCGACGGAAGCCAGCAAAAACAACACUAGGUGUAGCAGGAAGCGCACUCAUUUAGGGUUGCCUGAAAAAAGUACGAGAGAUAUGAAGAAUGUUACUUCCAAAAAGUGUAAAACAGUAGAAGGGGGAGAACAUCUUUCUCGUAAUUCCACCAUAUCUCUGAGAACAGUUGAGUCGGAAAUUCCUAAAAAGAAGCUAGAGAGACACGGUACUUGUUCAAAGGAGAGUGUUGGAGCAAGCGUCAGCAAUAAUGUUACAUCUUCCAAACCCGCCGGGGUAGUAUCUACGUCAAAGGAUACCAGCAACCACGACGAAGCAAUCAUUGGGCAGCGGAUUAAAUUACUCUCCCCCGCUGAUGGAUGUUUCCAUCACGGCACUGUUGAAAGGUUUAACUCUAAAAGCAACUCUCACAAGAUCGCUUUUGACAAUGGGGAUGUUGAAUUGGUGUGCUUGGACAGCGAGAGUUGGGAGACCCUGAGCCAUGAAUCCAUGGAGCAACAGGAAACAUUGGGAAAGGAGACAGAAUCUUUUGGUUCUCGCGUCCCUGAAAUUACAAGAAAGCAGCAGACGAACAAAAAAAAGUUGCCUACCAAAUUGAAUCAUACAGCUGGAGAAGAAUCAGUCUCAGAAGUAACCAACACAAGUGACAACAUUGGACUUAGAAGAAGUCGGAGGCAAAGAAUGUCUUAGGAAUAUGAUAUAUGCUCGCAACAAUGAACUUCUUCCUACUUCAUAUAUAUAAUGUUUAUAAAACCUAGUGACAGAUAUAAUUAACGAAUACUUUGUCUAAAUUGUGGUCAAGUUUUGAGUUUCAAUACCUUUUUUGACAUUGUUGGGUCUUCUUUUGUUCAUGACUUUUCAUUACCAACCA